UGACCUGUGCACCGCAAUCUCAGGUCUGAACUGCAUCGGCAUCACCAAGAGAGCUUUUGCUAGAUGUCCUGGCUUGACGUAGCCUCCCCUCCCCUCCUCCAGAGUAUAUCAGAAAGUAUGGAAAAUUCAUUGAUAACCUAAGACUCUUCGCCAGGGGAGGAAGUGGUGGAAUGGGUUACCCUCGCUUAGGUGGAGAAGGUGGAAAAGGUGGUGACGUCUGGGUUGUAGCCACCAAAAAAAUGACUUUAAAACAACUUAAAGACAAAUACCCUCAGAAACGGUUUGUGGCUGGAGAAGGAGCAAACAGUCGUGUUAGUGCACUGAAAGGCGCCAAAGGAAAAGAUUGUGAAAUUCCUGCACCUGUGGGUAUUUCAGUAACUGAUGAAAAUGGUAAAAUUAUAGGAGAACUCAAUAAAGAACAAGACAGAAUUUUGGUAGCUGAAGGAGGACUUGGUGGUAAAUUCCUUACAAAUUUCUUACCAUUGAAAGGCCAGAGACGAAUAAUUCACCUUGAUCUAAAACUUAUAGCUGAUGUAGGUCUAGUGGGAUUCCCAAAUGCUGGAAAAUCCUCUUUGCUAAGUAACAUUUCUCAUGCAAAACCUGCAGUUGCAGAUUAUGCAUUUACAACAUUACAGCCUGAACUUGGAAAAAUCAUGUAUAAAGAUUUCAAACAGAUAUUGGUAGCUGAUCUUCCUGGUUUAAUAGAAGGAGCACAUGUGAACAAAGGAAUGGGCCACAAAUUCCUCAAGCAUGUAGAAAGAACUAAACAACUGCUUUUUGUUGUUGAUGUUUCUGGAUUUCAACUUUCUUCUCGAACUCCAUACAGAACUGCCUUUGAAACUGUAUUACUGCUUACAAAAGAGUUGGAGUUGUACAAUGAGGAACUUCAAGCAAAACCUGCACUCCUGGCAGUAAAUAAAAUGGACUUGCCAGAUGCCCAAAACAAAUUCCAUGAACUGAUGAACCAACUCCAGAAUCCUAAAGAUUUUCUGCAUUUGUUUGAAAAUAAGAUGAUUCCAGAGAGGACAAUGGAGUUCGAACAUAUCAUCCCCAUCUCUGCAAUUACGGGAGAAGGAAUUGACGAAUUAAAGAACUGCAUAAGGAAAUCUCUGGAUGAACAUGCAGACCGUGAAAAUGACGCAUUUCAUAAGAAACAGUUGCUUAAUUUACAGAUUUCUAAUACAGUAUCUCAUAGUGAGCCACUAUCAAGGAAUGCUGUUACUAGUUUCAGAAUGGAUACAAUUUAAAUCCAUGAAAUUGUGUUCAUUUGAAAACUUUUCCACAGAGUAUUACGUAUUCCACAGUUAUUACUAACCUUCAUAUAUACACCAUCAUUUGAGAACCAUAUCUUUUUAACUUGUUUAUAGUUAAAUGUAUCAAAAGUUUUUAAAAAGUGAAAGCUGAAAAUGACAGUUUACAAUUUUAUAGCCAAUCUACCUACUAUAAUAAAAACCUCUGAUAUUUCUGUACUUACGAUGUCUAGUGAGAUCAUUUUUUAAAAAUAUAUGAAAGGAUUUCUCAAAUAUUAUUAAAGUGAGCAACUAGGUAUUGUUUGUUUUGAGUCUAUCAUGUACCUGGUUCAAUUAUGAAGAGUUCUCAUUUUAAGAAAAUCUAAAAACCCUAAAUUUGAACAUAAUGUUCAGUGAUAACAAAGAUCACUGAUAAUAUUUAACAGAUAGCAGCAAAUAGAUUUCAGCUUUUGAAAACUUUUCCUUUUUAUUUACUUUAAACUUAUUUAUUUAUUUUAUUGAUCUCAGAAAGAUGGAGAGAGAAUCAUAAAUUGGCUGCCUCCUGCACACCAUCCACUGGGGAUCAAACUUGCAAACUGGGCAUGUGCCCUGACUGGGAAUUGAACUGGUGACCUCUUGGUUCCUGCGUCAGUUCUCAACCACUGAGCCAUGCACUGGGCUUAAACUUAUUUUUAUUGUUGAGGGUAUUACAAAUGUCUCCCAUUUUAUACCUCCACCCAGCUUCUGUCCCACCCCAGGCCUUCACUGCACUAUUGGCUGUGUCCAGGGGCUGUGCAUAUAUGCAUAUAAGUUCUCCCCACUGCCCUACCCCCCUUCCCUUGUCAAUCCGUUUCAUGCUUACAUGUCUCUGGACUUAUUUUGUUCAUCAGUUUAUUUUAUUCAUUAGAUUCCAUAUAUAAGUGAGAUCAUGUGCUAUUUGUCUUUCUCUGACUUGCUUACUUCACUUACCAUAAUAAUUUCCAGGUCCAUUCAUGCUGUCUCAAAGGGUAAGAGUUUUUUUUACAGCUACAUAAUAUUCCAUUGUGUAAAUGUACUGUAGCUUUUUUAUCCACUCAUCUAUAGCACUUCGGCUAUUUCCAGAUCAUAGCUAUUAUAAAUAACACUACUAUGAAUAUAGGUGUGCACAUAUUCUUUCUGAUUGGUGUUUCAUGAUUUUUAGGAUAUAUUCCCAGGAGUGGGAUUGCUGGGUCAAAUGGCAGUUCCAUAUUUAAUUUUUUUAGGAAAUUCCAUACUGUUUUCCACAGUGGCUGUACCAGUCUGCAUUAUUACCAGCAGUGUACUAGGAUUCCUUUUUCUCCACAUCCUCGCCAGCACUUACUGUUUGAACAUUUUCUUUUUUAAGUAUAAGAGUAUUUUUUCUUACUUUGGAGCCGAUUGGUAUAUGACUCAUUUUUUUAUGGCCUAUUCUUUUUCAUUGUCUACUUUUCACAUUUUAGUAAAGAGAAAAUAAAAUAGGAAGUGCAAACUUUAAACAGUUUAUCAAUCAUAAAUGUAUUCUUCAGAUUUUAACUUCUGAGUUUCAAAAAUAUUUAUAAAUAGGACACUUUUCUUAAUGAGUUUUAUUGUAAAAUAUACAUGUUCAUGGUAAAAUAUAAAAUUUAACCAGUGCAGUCUGGCUGGCGUGGCUCAGUGGUUGAGUGUUGACCACUAUGAUAGCCAAUAAAUUGAAAUCCUGUAUUAGUGAAUAGAAUAUAAAGGAUUCAAAAGUCUUACUAGUAUAUAAGACUGAUUAGAUUAAAAAAAUGAUGAAGGGUCAUGAUGCCUACUACUUUCAAAUGAUCACACACACAGUAAAUGGAAAUAAGAUAAAUGUGGCAAAUGUUGAUAAUUGUUGAAUAUAGAAGGUAAGUGUAUGAGUGUUCGUUGUACUAUUUAAAUUCUCUGUACCUUUGAACAUUUUCAAAAAUAAAUUAUACAAUUUGAG